UCGAAGUAAAGUUAAAAUAAAAAAAACACACAAAUGUAUUUCUAACAACCAUAUAGGUACGAUCUGUGUCCAUAUAGACGCUGACAACACUUGCAAACUUUGUAUCAUACGUUCAAUUCGUUCAACAAAGCGAUUCACUCUCACAAUACAGUGGUAAUAACGUAAGUCGAACAAGGAAUCGUGUGCGAAAUUAAAUUCGGGCUGCCUGUUUUCUUCUACUCAUCAUAUUUCAGUCGAUUCGUUUUAUUAUCUCUGCCUUUGUAUAUUCAUUCUCUCCGUGUUGAAUUGUCAUUUGUCAAAUAUACGCAGCAAAAGUGUAGUUUGAACAUCAAAAUCAAAAUAAUACACAAGAAAAAAGAGUAAAGAGCAGAAACAAAUCUAAGAAAAUAAAACACAUACAAAACAGAUCGAAACGACGAAUAUACGUAGCAAAGUGUUGGCAAUAUUUGAUCAUCUAGUUUAUUGUAGUGCAAGACGACGAGCGAACGAAAAAAAAGGAGAAAAUUUUCGAUAAAUUUCCAUUCGAAAAUUGAUUAAUUACAAUUGAACAAACCGAAGCAAAUUCAGUGAUAAUCAACGCAACCAGAUUCGGUCAAUUUGUACUUCUUUUUUUUGAGAGUUAAGAAUCAAAGAACAAAGACACUCAACCAAAAUGAGUUACGCGUAUUUAUUUAAAUAUAUAAUCAUUGGAGAUACGGGCGUCGGCAAAUCAUGUCUCCUGCUACAAUUCACCGACAAACGUUUUCAACCCGUUCAUGAUUUGACAAUCGGCGUAGAGUUUGGUGCUCGCAUGAUCACUAUCGACGGCAAACAAAUUAAACUACAAAUAUGGGAUACUGCAGGUCAAGAGGCAUUCAGAUCAAUUACUCGAUCCUAUUAUCGUGGAGCUGCCGGCGCAUUGCUAGUGUACGAUAUUACACGACGAGAAACAUUCAACCACUUGACAACAUGGCUUGAAGAUGCUCGACAACACUCAAAUUCGAAUAUGGUCAUUAUGCUAAUUGGAAAUAAAAGUGACUUAGACUCACGCCGUGAGGUGAAAGAGGAAGAGGGCAAAGCGUUUGCCCGUGAACAUGGUCUAGUUUUUAUCGAAACGUCCGCACGUACCGCUUCAAACGUUGAAAAAGCGUUUAUAGAUACGGCUAAAGAAAUUUAUGAGAAAAUCCAAGAGGGUGUCUUCGAUAUCAACAACGAGGCAAAUGGAAUAAAAAUCGGACAACAGCAUUCACCAACAAAUCCUUCGCUACCUGGUGCUGGCAGUCAAGGCAGCCAAGGCAGUGGCGGAUGUUGUUAAAACAUCAACAAAGAGAAAUUGCAGAUAAAACCAUAAUUAAAAUCGUUCUUGAAUCAAAGGGACAUCUUCACCAAGACAACUAAAAAACAAAAACAAAAAACACACACGACAUAAAUUCGUGAACAAUUUCAAACAUUUCGAAUUCUAAUUGAUAACAACAAAAAAAUGAAGUAGCGAGAGAAAGCACUGAAUCGUUCCGGUCGAUGUCAUUUUCGAUUCAAAUCGGAAUAUUCGCAUUUCAAACCGGCUACAUUGUAGGAUGUGAUGAUACGCCCUACGCUUUGCCGUCAACCAUAUGAAAUACGUAUUCAAUCAAUAUCUCUUGCGAAAACCCUUUGAUCGUCUUCAAUUAAUCCACAAACACUUCUGAAUUAUUUCUUUUCGUUCGUUUUCUUCAAAUGAAUGAAAACCCAAAUUAUAAAAAAAAAUAAACAAUUUCGAACACAUACAAUUUCUCAACAACAAAAAAACAUUUUAUAUAUGAUGAUAUCAACAACAAGAAAAAAAAAUUUAACCAAAACUACAAAAAAAAAGAUGAAAAAAAUAUAUGAUAAAAAAACACGUUCUAUUGGAAGGGUUUCGUUUUUAUGUGAAAAAAAUUUAACGUUUAAGGUGCAUAUUUGCUGUAUUUGUAAUCUAAAACUCUAAGAUAAAAAGAAAUGAAGACAUAAAAAAAACCUAAAAUCUGCGAACAAAACUAUGAUUAUAUUUAACAAAACAAAAAAACGAACCUACAUAACAAAGUUGAUAGUUUAAUAUCGCGAUUUUGCCAGAACAUUCAAGAAUCUUUGAAAAUUUCAUUUGUUUUCGUAGUAAAUUCAAGUUCUCAGUUCAUUUAAUUCGAACCAAUUGUCCCCGAUUUUGUCGAAAACAAAAUUCGCCUACACCACAUUUUUAUCUCUUCGUUUUUAUUUUCUCUUGACGAAAAGAAUUUCACGAAAUUUCUAGAAUUUUUUUAUAAGAAUCGGCGUACAAAUUCGAAAAUGAAAAUUUUUCUAUAUUUUUUCUUUUUCUCCUUUUUAGUCGAUAAAUAGCAUUCAAAAAAGAGCGGGAAAAAAAACAACUAAACAGAUCAAACUACAAACUGUGUAGUUAAUGUGUGCAAAUAUUUUGAGUAUUUUUUUCUCUCUCUGUAGCUAAUAUAUUUAACGAAAAUGUUGCAAUUAAUUUUAUUCGAUUGAGAUGGAUAGUAGAAAGUUGCGACUUUCAAAAGUGUAAUAUGCGUUUUCCUAUCCCGAGAUGAUAAAUAAUAAUUUGCUUGAAUUCACUCAUAUUCCAAAACGAUAACCUUGAUGCUUGUGAUUAGUUUCAUCAUCCGGCUUUUGCCUUUCCAUAGACACAAACAAAAGCUACUGAUGCCAAAUUCAGUGAGCAGCAUAAUUUCGAAUAGCAUUUUGGAAACAAUUCAAAUUAUAUGCGGAUCAGUUUGAACCAAUUUUAAUUGCAAAUAAAGAAGAAGAAAAAAAAACCACAUUUCCUAUCAAACGAGUUUCAUUCGAAACACAUACACAUUUGGAUAAUUCCUCCACCAGUAAAAACAACCAAAAAAAAUAAAUAAAUAAAUAAAAAAAUGAAUUACACUUACCAAUUUAUCAAUCAAUACCAAAUAGCACAUUUUGUAUUUAAAAGAGAUAAAUAAAAGAACAUAAGGAUUAACUAAAACAAAUACAACUUAAUUUAAUAAUGGGAUUAAGCAUAGUUGCCAUGCGAACCGUUCCCAUGCGAAAAAAUGGCUAGUGAUGGCUAGCAACACUAUUCCUUUUUCCUCCCUAACACAAAUAUACAGUGCGUACGCCCGCCCGACCGCGAUUCGUCAUUUCGACCGUUUCACAUGGCAAACAUUACACAAAAACCAUUUAUAACUUAUACAAAUUAUUAUUAAUUAUAUAAAUACAUGGAAAACAAAUAUAAUUGAAUAAAGAAACAACUAUUGUAACUUUUAACGAAUGAAAUACACGUGAACAGCAUGCAAACCAUGGCACUGAA